AUGAGGAGCCAUUUGUUAAAUCAUCACCCCGAAAAGUUACGUGAAGAUACGAGGAGCAAAAUCCAGUCGGGCCAAAAGACUAUAAAAGAAGCGUUUACAGCCUCACUCCCCCACAACAGUGCGAGAGCACAAGAAAUCACAAGAGGCAUUGGUGAAUAUAUAGCCAAAGGCCUACGGCCCUUUUCGGUGGUGGAUAAUGAAGGUUUUAAGAGGUUAGUAAACAUGCUGGAGCCAAAGUAUAAAAUCCCGUCGCGGGAUAGUCAAACUAUUUUACCAGCUCUUUACAAAGAGACAAGGGCGAAAGUUGCACAGAGCAUCAAGCAAGCAGAGUGCAUCUCAAUCACCACAGAUGGGUGGACUUCACGAGCUACUCAGAGCUAUGUUACCAUCACAGCAAGUGCUAUGACAAGUGAAUGGGAGAUAAAAACUUUUGUCCUACAGACACGGGUACUCUUUGAGUCACACACUGGACACAACAUAGACAAGGUGUUAAAAUCCGCUGUUUCAGAGUGGGAGCUUGACAUGAUUUACAACAACAAUCACCAGGGCAUUGCUGUGGUUACUGACAAUGCAAGAAACAUGGGUGUAGCGGUGAAUGAGGCUGGUCUGUCCCCACAUGUAAAGUGUUUUGCUCACACCUUAAAUCUUGCGUCCCAGGCAGGUUUGAAGGUAAACCGUGUCAGUCGUCUGCUUGGCAGAGUGAGGCGUGUAGCAGCAUUUUUUCACCGCAGUUCAACUGCAACAGCUGUGCUGACCUCCAAGCAGCAAAUGUUAAACCUGCCAGUACAUAAACUGAUAAUGGAUGUAGUAACUAGGUGGAACAGCUCACUUGACAUGAUUGAGCGCUACCUGGAGCAACAACAGGCAAUUGCUGCAGCCCUACUGAGUUCUGAAGUCAGGAGCAAUGCACUUGAAAUAGACACUCUAGACGCAGCUGACAUCGCAGAUGCUGAGGAGAUCGUUAAACUGCUCACACCCUUGAAAAAAGCAACCACUGUGCUGUGCGACGAAUCUCGACCAACAAUCUCUCUUAUCAUGCCUCUCAAACACAUGAUUCAAGUGAGCAUGGCACUGUGCGAUGUAGACUCAAACACCAUCUCUCAAAUGAAGGCAGCAAUACUGAAUGAUUUGGCAGACCAUUACCAAGGGGAGCAAGCAGAGUUUCUGUAUGAGAGCAGUGCGUUGGACCCCCGGUUCUGGGCCCUCCCCCAUCUGGAUAACAGCGAAAGGGAUGAAAUUUUCAACAGGCUCAAGUUAAAAGCAACACAGAUGCAGAACCAGAACCCUAGUGAAGAGGACGGUGCAGCACCAGGCAGCCAUGAACAUGUAGCUGGACACUCAAAAACUGACCUGCCACAAAAAGCACAUGUUGUGGGAGGUGUCUCUCCUCCAUCCAAAAAGACUGCUCUUGAAGAUCUCCUUGGAGAUUCUUUUAGUCAAGGGGACAGCAGAACACAGCACACUGCUCAGAUUGAUGCAGACAUUGACGUGUACCGCAAAGAGACCCCUAUCUCACACAUGGCUUGUCCUCUCAAGUGGUGGAAAGACAAUGCACAACUGUACCCACUGCUGUCAACCUUGGCCAAGUCAUAUCUCUCUGUCCCAGCAACCUCAGUCCCAAGUGAGAGGGUUUUUUCUGUUGCAGGGGACGUUGUAAAUGCCCAGAGAUCCCAGCUUUCACCAGAUAAUGUUGAUAUGCUAAUUUUCCUUAAAAAAAAUCUGUCUCUGUCUGAAUAA